AUGCCACCCAAAGCAAAACCCACUACAACUAUCAAAUCAACAACAUCAAAAAUCAAUCAAGAAUCAAAACCAUCGACUUCAACUUCUAACAAUAAUGCUCAAAGUAAAUUAUCGAAAGAUGAAAGAGAACUUUUUUCAAAAUGUGUGAAUGCAGAACAAAGGACUUUGAGUCAUGAAGAACUUCAGGCUGCUAUGCCAAAGUUGGAUGUAGUUGAAAAGAUGAAUGUAGCUAAUAGUUUAAUAGCCAGAGGUAUGCUUCAAGUCAAACGUUUGCAAGAUGAAUUAUUUUAUACUGCAGUUGAUAAGACACAACAGAGAGCGAACUCGAACAUGACAGCGGAUGAGAAGUUGGUCUAUGACAGUAUCGCAAGUUCAGGCAACACAGGAAUGUGGACGAAAACUUUAAAAGCCAGAACAAACAUCCAUCAAAGUAAUAUCAACAAGUUUUUAAAAUCUUUGGAAAACAAAAACUUAAUUAAAUCCGUCAAGAGUGUUAAAUUUCCAACUCGAAAGAUUUAUAUGUUAUCUGAAUUACAACCUAGUAUCGAAUUGAGUGGAGGUCCUUGGUAUACUGAUAAUGAAUUAGAUACUGAAUUUAUUACGGUCUUGUUGAGAAGUAUUCAUCAAUGUUUACAAGAUCGGUCUUAUCCUCCUGUUAGUUCUUCUUCAACAGAUCCUUUAAAAGUUCUUCUUUAUCCAACUUCACAUACUCCUUACCUACCUACCACUGUUCAUGACGUUUUAGCAUACUUGAAACAAACUCAAAUCAUCCAAGAAGGCACUGAUCUCACAGCAGAACAUAUUCUAACCCUCUUAGAUGUAUUAGUCUUUGAUGGAGUUGUCGAACGGAUCACAGUAGGAACAGCCAAGAUUGAAGGAGAAGAAGAAGAUUUUGAAGAAGAAGAAGAAGAGAAUUCAGAUGGAUCUGAGAAAAAACCUACUGUACGAUCUAAGAUUAAAAAUAAAGGGAAAUCUACGGUUCCGAAGAAACGGUCAAGAAAUGAUGAUGAUGAACUUGAUCUAGAACUUGAUGAAGAUUUUAAUAUGAAAUCAAUAGAUGAGGAUGAAGAAGAAGAAGAAGAAGAAAUCAAACCGAAAAGAGUCUCAGCAGCGAGCAGAAGAAGAAGGAUCUUACCAGAUAACGAAGCAUUUGUAUACCGAGUCUUACAACCUAUCAUGAACCACCAAUCCAAUCUUGAAGAAGAAGAAGAAGAGGACAUCAAAAUCGAAGAAAGUGACCCAAAAGGAUCGAUAAGCUUACCACCUAAACUUUCAGGCUUCUUUGAUAUGCCAUGUGGACAUUGUCCUUCGUUUGAGUUUUGUUCUUCUAAAGGUAAAUCAUGGCAAUUCAGAGGUCAAACCGAUCAAGGAGUCUUGAGUCGAAGUUUAGGAAUCGAGUUGGAAAGAUUACCUAGGAAUGGAUUGGCCGGCAUUGGUGCUGGGUUUAGUGCUUUAGGUGGACUUGGAGCGGGUGGUGGGGUGGCUCCUGUCAAUCCUGCUGAUUGUGUUUAUUUUAAUGAUUGGUUAGACUUUUAG